CGGGAGGCUGCGCGCCCGGUCGGAAGUGACGUGCUCUCGCGUUCUGCGCAAUGGCGGCAUUUUAAGUUUAGCGGUCUGGACAGGUUGAAACACAUAAAUCACCUCCUGGGAGGAGACUGCAGGAUUCUGGUGGCUCCGCGAAAUGGACCCAGCCAGUCCGCCGACCCUCCGGUGCAGAUGAGAGAGCCGGAGCUCCGCCUGCGGGGGCGUCCGGGAAGCCUGGGUAGAACGAAAGGAGGAAAGGGCGCCCGCGGUCUAUGGCCCUACCUCCAGGGGUGGGUCCCGCGGCACUGCGGUUUGCUGCUGCUGCCAGCUGGCUGGUUGUCAGCCGUCGCUGCGUAGAGCACUUCCCGAGAGUGGUCGAGUUUCUGCAGUCCCUGCGCGCUGCUGCCCCCGGCCUGGUUUGUUUUCGGCACCAUGAACGCCUGUGUAUGGGCCUAAAGGCCAAGGUGGUGGUGGAACUGAUCCUGCAGGAGCGACCCUGGGCCCAGGUCUUGAAUGCCCUGAAUCAUCACUUCCCAGAGUCUGAAGAUACAAAACAAGAUAGGAAGCUUUUGGAGGCACGGGAAAAUUUUUGCCUGCUUGUGAAGCAGCUGUCUGAGGACCCAGCUUUGAGCCUGCAGGAACUAGAACAAGACUAUGGGGAACCCUUUCUGGUUGCCAUGGAAAAGCUGUUGUUUGAAUACUUGUGUCAGCUAGAAAAAGCACUGCCUACAGUCAGAGCACAAGAGCUUCAGGAUGCUCUAAGUUGGAUUCAGCCUGGCUCACUGAUCACUUCUUCUGUUGCUUUGCGACAAUAUGGUAUGGACAUGGGGUGGCCAUUUCCAGAGAGCUCUACUUCUGGCCGAGGGAAUCUGGUAGAACCCAUGGAAGAGAGUCCUCAUAAGCAAACAAAGCCAGCACCCCACAGUCCUCUGCCUCAAGCUAAGCUUGGCCCUCAGCAGCCAGCUUCACGGGAGCACCCAGAACAUUUAGCUGGCAACCGAUUUAAUCUGGCCCCUUUGGGAAAGCGAAAAUUCCGAUCACAGUGGACGUCUGCAAAGGCAUGCCAUAAAGAGCGGCCCACAGUCCUGCUGUUCCCAUUUAGGAACAUGGGCUUACCAGCUCAAGACGUAUCUGACCCUAAAAGCAGGAAAGAACAUGGAAUGGACACAGCAGGUUCUAUGGGAACAGAACCAGCCUGCAUUGAGAAAGCCAAGACUCCAUCUCAAACCUUGGGGAAAGGGGCAUUAGAGGAAACCCCACCUGACUCAGCAGCUGCAGAGCCAAAGGAGAACGGUGUGAAUUGUGUGGAUCCUCUGAGACACUCAACACCACCUCUUAAAGUCAAGAAACCAGUGCUGUCCCCCACCCUGUGUAGCUCUUUUAUUACCAUAGGAGACUUGGUUUUGGACUCUGAUGAGGAAGAAGAAAACAAGAAGAAAGAGAAGGAUCUUCCUGCAGUGCCCUCCCAGUCUCCUUACCAAAAGCCUUUGCCACAUCCCCAGGACAGCUGCAGCCUCCAUCCUACAAAGGAAGGAAUGCUGUGAGAGACCAUAGAUUUCUCAAGACUUCUCAACUGCCCAUGUCAAAGCGGACUAGAACUUGUGUCCUGACCAGGACUUCACCAGAGACCCACACUGCAGAAAAUAGUCACUGCUGGGCAACCACAAACCCUCUCCAGGUCUUGAGACUUACUGAAAUGAUAUGGCCUUUGAGGCCAUGAGCAGCAUCUGCACACUCCAUCACUGCACUGAGCUGUGGAUACCCCACUCCAGUUUUCUUCCGAGUUGUACAGACAGAGCCUGGGAAGAGUGACAAAAGUGAGAGUGAACUGUCCUAUGGUUUUUGCCUUCAACCGGGCAGAUGAGAUGAUGGCCCCAAGGAAACAGCUUACCAGGACCAAUUCCUACUUUGAUGAUGUCAGCCCCAGAGAGGAUUAGCUCUUCUACCAUCUCUCCUGUUACCACAUUUCCUGCCUGAGACAAUGACCGAAACAGCACUCUUAGGACCAGGGGUGGAGAACAGCUUUUAUGCUCUCAUAUAAUCCAUGCCUUGAUUGUGACCUUCCUAUUACAAAUAAAGGGUACCUAGAGACCUCCUACAGGAUCUUCCACCAACUCCAAAGGACCUAGAUUCCUACUCACCCUUCCUCUCACCCCACAUACAUACUUUGACUUAGUGUGAAGGAUAGAGGAAACAAUAUUGUCAUUGAACUAGGAUAAAACCAGGUCCAGAAUGACCUUUAGGACAGCAAGGUGGGCAACAAGACAUAAAGUGACAUUAAAGAGCAGUUGGUGAGUCAGAAAUUCCACUCAGAUCGACAGUAGUGCCCUUUCAGUACAGAGAACCACUGCCCAGUCCUAAAGCUCCCUACCUUGAGAAAAAUGGAAAGACAUUAGAAGGUGGGCUGAAAUAACCAUCUGCCCAACAGUAUGUGGACAAUGCAACAUCCCCCCUUUUCAAUGCUGUGAAGAAAAUAAAGCCUUGGAUUGUCUCUAGUAAAGCUUCUAAAAAAUCAAA